UGUGAUACACAGGUACAGUUUUAAUCCAUAAACAUCUACAAUAGUCUCAAACCUAAACGAUGGAUAAACGGUAAAGUGGGAAAAGCUGCUUUCGCCUCUCGCCGUGUGAUGCACAGGUCAGUUCCUCCCAUAGACUGUAUGCGCACUGAGUCCGCCUCCUCCCGUCUCCUCACCGCCUGUCCUGUCCGGAGACUCCAGCUCAUCCAGCAGCAGCUACAGACCUGUGGAGGAGUGACAAACCCAGCUGGUGGUUGUUACCUGCUGCCAAACAUUCCCACAUCUGCCCGCUGAGAGAAGCAGGAGGAGGAGGAGGAACCAUGAUUGACCUGAGCCACCUGACGGAGGAGGAGCGGAUGAUAAUGACGGUGCUGAGGAGGGACGCCGAACUGAAGAAGGCUGAGGAGGAAAGAGUCAGGAAACUGGAGAAAAUACUGAACAGCAGCUCACAGUCAGAAAGCCAUCUGAAAUACCUGACCGGAGAGUGGUUUUACGAGGCCAAGUCUCGCAGACACAUGGACAAAAUCCACGGCUCGGAAAUCAUCCUGGCCUCCAUGAAACAGAGGAAGGCUUCUGGUUUAGAGGGGUCUCUCAGAAUCGAAAGAUCCAAAACGCCCAGCAGUCGAGGUUUGGACGUCGUCGCUCCACCAAAGCCUGCCAGAUGUUUGGAGGCACUGCAGCCACAGGAGAUAAAUGACGCUGAAAAAGAGAAUCUAAAUUCAGCCAUCCGCUCUCCAAGAACGCCAAGGCACAACCCUUUCAACCGUGCAUCCCUUAUUGUUGUUGAGCCACCUGAGAAUAAUGGCGACAUGUCGACUGGUCGGGAUCAGGAGACAUCUGAGACAGAUCCCAUAUCUCCACUGAAGAAUCACCCAGCAGGGGAUGCCAGUCAGACUUCAGGGGGCUCCAUGACAUCAGAGGGCUCCUCUGUAGGGUUCAAACCAGUGCCAAAGAAGAGGACGUUUCUCUCAAGACGUCGUAGCAGCCAUACAGAAACCAAUGGCCUGGGGUUAGACGCUCAGCUAGGGCCGGCGGGGAUCAUUCCUGCCCCAAGACGAAGCAUCCAGCGUGGGUCCAGUGGGAGCUCUACCCAGUCCUGCCUGAAAAGUCAGGAUGAAAUGCCUCAGAAAAGUGCAGCUCUGGUGUCUAAGCCGGCGUCUCAGCCUGCUCAGCCUUCCAGCUUUACAGAUGAAACCUCCCAGCAGCCACUGCCUGCUGUAUCUCACGUUUCCUCUAAUUCUAGUCUGGAGAAAGAGAGGAACCCACCUUCCAUAACAAGAGACAGAUCAGUCACAUACGUCAGAGGUGAAGUGUCAACUGAGAGAGAAACCCCACAGAAGAGCGAUGAAAGAGACGAUCAGACCCAAAGAGAACAUGCAGGGGCGAAUGCUGUCGUCCUGCACACCAGCAGCAUUCAGGACUCGGGCAGAGAACACAGCAGCAGUGUGGGAACAGCAACGAGGCAGGAGGAGCUGAGUUUGACUCAAAGCACUGUGGAUCCAGAUCUUCCUGUAUCUUACGAUCUCAACUUCAUUGAUAAGUCUGAUCAGCAAGCACUGAAGAAAUCAAAUCAGAAAAACGCGUUCAAGUUAUCCACUCAGACGACCAGUCCCACUGGUGAUGAGGAGGACUCCAUCACCAAGGUGCUGGACUGGUUCAGCCGCAGCACAGACAGCAGUGAUUGGCUGAAUACAGACGACGGUCCAGAGGCCACAAAGAGCUCUGACAAACACGUAGAAAUCAGCAAGUUAAGAAGUGAAGAUUCGGUAAGAAAAGAUGCUGGGGAUUUUAUAGGUGAUAGAAAGAAAGACAUGCUUGAAAUGAAGAGAAGCCAUUUACAAAGACAGACUACUGAGGCUAAGGAGUUCAGAGCAACAGACAAAACAGGCAACAAGGAAUUGACUGAAACACGAGAGGAGGUGCAGAAGGAUACCAGAGAAAGAAUGCGGUUGCAGGAAGUGAACGACAAUGAUGAUGAAAGCCAACCACCCAAAAUCUCUCAUCUGAAGUCAUUCUGGGAGAAAAGCAACAUGGGCCCUAAAAUACUUAUCAGCAAAUCGAUCACACCCAGCGACGAAGGACCAAAACUUGUUUACCUCUCAGCAGAGAAAGACGAGGAGAACGCGAACAAGCCCCACACAGUGUCUGAUAUGCCCUCUGGAAUAUACAGUGGGAGGGGGAUUUAUGAUAAGUACGCCUCAAAUCAUGGGAAUGAAAGAGAACAACAACCGGUAAUCAGUCCACAGGAAAAUACCGGAGACAAUGUUCACUUAAGUAAUAACGAGCAGGUAGACUGUCUGGUGAUGAAUACUUUAUCACACAGGAACAAUAAUGACGCAACAUACAACUCAGAUUAUUUAAAGUUGCUAUCCAGCCCCCAAGUGUCUGACAGGAAAGGCUCAGACACUGAGAUUUUAUGUGUAACCAGACUCAGUCCACAGCGAAGGACAACCACCCAGUCCAGACUGAGUCCAGAGUCCGAGAGCGUCCCUUCAGUCAAACCAAACCCAGGACCUGACAGUAUUUCCCAACCAAGAGAAACCCCACUACAGGAAGAGCUGUCAAAAGCUGUGCACGUGUCUCAGCUGGAUACAUAUGUCCAGACAAGGGACACUCCAGACUCUGAGAAGCCGUAUUUCUCCAGAAACAGCCCGUAUAUGGACUACAAGCAAAGUGGGAAUGAUGCGCAAAUCACCUCUAAAGCACAGCUUCGCAGAGGUUCAAGUGAAGACGUAAAGAGGAGAGACAGUGAGGACAAAAGCAUGCAAUCAAGCAUGUCUUCAAAAAAAAAAGAGGACGUGUCUAAUAAAGACAGAGCUACUACAGCAGAGAGGAUCAAGCAGCUCAAAUCUUUCUGGGAGCAGGAUAGGAACAGGCCCAUGUUUUACACCGGCAAACUUAAAACUCUCGGGGAAGGUAAAGUCGCCCGAGGUGCAAAUCAGGCAAAACUGAAUAAAAGAUUUACAAAGUCAGAGUACGAUCUGAGGUCAAUUGGAAAUUAUUCAGGCAGCGACGAGGAAGACAGAAAUCAUAAUUUCACUGUUCUUCCUUUGAAUCAGAGAAUAGAAAAGUCGCCCUCGAGCCUCAGCACUAGCCGAACUCAGUUCAACACCCUGCGCGAUUUCUGGGACGAGGCCACGUCAGAUACCAAGGGAACGUUUUCGUUUGACAAACCCAAAAGCCCUAAAAGGAAAGAGUCAAUAAGUGGCCAGCUUCCAUCUCAGGAGUCAAAGAGUGGUGACCCAGAGAUUUACCGCUUGUCCUCCGCCGUUGAGAAAACAAGACCAGCUGCCAUGAAAUCAUCUCCACCUCCGCAGAGUAGAUCCAAGUCGCCACAUGAUAGACAGAUGGGGUCAGGGACCAGAGCAAUGAACGACAGCAAAAACAACCUGUCUAACUACACAACAGAGUCCAGAAGGAGCUCAAAAGACUCUGGUAGAGAGGAGAAACCCACGAAACCACAAAGCAGUUCAGGAAAAGAGGCUCGUUCUGCGAAGAACAGAAAAGACAGCUUUAGCAAUUCAAGCAGUCGGGGAAAUUCUUUGCGUCGCGCCACUAGCAUGUUUUCGUUGACUGUCUCUGAUGAAAAAGAUCAAGGCAAGCUUAAAAUGGAUGUGAGCCCUGUCCACUCCCAGAGCAGGAAGCAACGGCAGCACACCGAAGACACCGAGACUCUGGCUCCACGCGCACGUGCAUUUGUUCCAAGAGACUACCGGCAUUACCUGGGCAUGACGGAUAAGACCAGCGUCCACACCUCUCUCGCCCCAGCUGUGAAGGACGAGGGGUCAGAGGGCAAGUCCGGGUAUGAAUUUGACAUGAGCGGACCAGUGAGAGCCAGCACACCAGUGAGCUCGGAGGAACGUUACACUAGGAAGGGCAACAAGUUGAGUCAGCGCCCCCUGUGGGCGAACUACAGCAGUUCAGACACCGGCCAGGAGUCGUCUGUGAGCAGCACGUCGGAAACCUGGUCCAACUCGAGGAAUAGUUCAAACCGCGAAAAUGAUGAUGAGGGCCAAAACCCUAUAAGGAAAGCAUUGAGGCGAGCAGAGGCUCGGCCUAAAAAUCUGGCUAAAAGUAUGGAGGACAUCACAGCAUCUUUAUCACCACGCCAAGAAAGAAGACAAGACCCAACUUCUGACCUCAGACGCAUUAGUGAUGUAUCGUCCAUCCCGUCACCUUCCUCAUCUUUAUUUUCGGAUCCAGACCACCUGAAGAAGAUGAGCAAAUCAGUUCCUUCGUUCUUGCAGAAAGAGGAUGCUGGCAGGGACACUGACUCCACCUGCGAGGAUAGUUACCAUAGAGGAAGACUAAUGACGGGCACCUCGAUGACUAACCUCACCAGCUCCUCUGGCAUGGCGUCUGUGUCUUCUUUGAGUGGAAGUGUAAUGACCAUGUACAGCGGGGACUUUGGGAAUGUGGAGGUUCAGGGAAAUAUCCAAUUUUCCAUCAACUACAUUCAGAGGCUCAGGGAGUUUCACAUCUUCGUGGCUGAGUGCCGAGACUUGGCUGCAGUCGACCCAAAGAGGGGUCGCUCGGAUCCGUAUGUCAAAAGCUACCUGGUACCCGACAAAGCUAAUCUGGGAAAGAGGAAAACAUCUGUAAAAAAGAAGACGCUAAAUCCAACUUUCAAUGAAAUCCUCAGAUAUCGUGUUCGCAUGGAGUACCUCAGAACUCAGACGCUCAUUCUCUCCGUUUGGCAUAACGACACUUUUGGCAGGAACAGUUUCCUCGGCGAGGUAGACGUGGACCUCUCCAAGUGGGACUUUGACCACACCCAGAUGAAUGACUUAGCCCUGAAAGCAAGGACUACACCCACUCCAGUGCCAUCGAAUGGGCGAGGAGAGAUGAGGCUCGCCGUACGUUUCCUGCCACAGAUCACCCACAGUGAAGGUGUAGCUAAAGAUGGUCCCAACACCGGAGAGAUUCACAUUUGGGUGAAGGAAUGCAAGAACCUGCCUCUGAUCCGGGCCACCAUUGACCCAUAUGUGAAGUGCUUUGUGCUGCCAGACACAAGCAGGAAGAGUCGGCAGAAGACACGCGUGCUGCGGAGGACAGUGGAUCCAGUGUUUAACCACACGAUGGUGUACGAUGGCAUCAGAGAGGCUGAUCUAUCGGAAGCCUGUGUGGAGCUCACUGUCUGGGACCGAGACAGGCUAGCGAGCAACCUGCUGGGGGGCCUGAGGCUCGGAGCUGGAACAGGCAAAAGUUAUGGAGCACUGGUGGAUUGGAUGGACUCAACUCCCUAUGAGGUGGCCCUGUGGGAGCGCAUGAUGGCUACCCCUAAUGAAUGGGUGGAGGAUGUACUCCCAUUACGAAUGGUGAACUCUGCAAAAACUGCUUUCAAAUAAGCAAAGGUAAAACACCUGGCAAGUGCAAAGGCAAUAUUAUGUUUGAAAGGUAAAAACACAUUAAAAUAAUUGCUUUAACAAUCCAGUGCUCUGAUUUAAAUUUAGAUUUAAAAAAUAUGAUGAAAAAUAAACUGAAGACACUGGAGUGAAAAAUUAGGACUCAACCCUGUGGCUGUAAUUUUACAGCAACCUGUGGAGCCACCUGACAAAGUGAUUUCUUAAACAGUGUGGCAUUGUGAACACUUUCAGAUCUUUGUUGAAACUCUACAGGUGUUUCAGGAAAAGGGGAAAUAAUAUUACAAAAGAAACUAACACCUCUGGAGAGUGACACACAACUGUGACUAUCAAAAGGAAACAAAGUAAAAAAGAAAUUAAAGACAUCUACAGGUACAUGUUUUAGCCAUUUAAAGGGUUUUCAAGCAAGAAUGUCACUGAACAAAAAAACAGCACAGAGGCACUCAGCGAAAUGUAAUCAAGAAACCAUACAGCAAUCACACUGCAAUAAACACCCAAUAAAAACCUUUCAAAACUGACUUUCAUAUAACAAAGGUAACAAAACACAAGAAAUACAAGUAAUUCUGGGAGAGCAUCUGUUCAUAGAAAAGUAUAGCUAUAAUUAAUAUCCACACUAAGCAUCUUUAUGCCUCUGUGCCACGUAUCUUGGACAAUACCAACCAUCCUCUCCACAACAUUCUGGCAGGACAGAGAAGCAGCUACAGCUGCAGCAAACGUCUCAUCUCACUAUGCUGCAGAACAGAGAGGUUCAGCAGAUCCUUUGUUCCCACUGCCAUCAGGCUAUACAACAACUUGGCCAAAGGAAAUGGACUGAUUUAAUUAUAAUUGUUUAUUUAUUAUUAACUGUUGUUAUUAUUAUCAACAAUGAGAUAAUGGACACAUGAAUUUCCCCUAGGGGAUGAAUAAAGUAUCUAUCUAUCUAAACUCAGGGAGGGGAGACUGUGACCAUAUUUUCUGCAACUUGAGUGGUUGGCUGCGAGGUAGUAAUUCUCUUUUUUUUUUCUUGAUUACGAUGCCCUAUAUACUACACUCUUGCUCUUUGUCUAGUGGCAUUCAUGUUUGAAAGCCUUGAAAAAGGUGAAAGCUGAACCAUUAUAGUGUUUAAAUUACAUAUUGUUCUUUUGAAUAAAAGCUUAUGUUGCAACAGAAUCAGGAUUCACACUCUUGGCUCUCCAGAGGUGUAAGUAUCUACUCUGAUUUCUAAAGCAAUGUCUUACUUGCUCCCAGCAUGCAGCACAGCUCUUCACUACCUGAAUACCUUAAAAGCCAAAUUAUCAAGACAUACAGUGAUCACAGUUAGCUUUCUGCAAGGCUAAUAUUAACAAACAGCAGCAGUAAGAAAUGUGAUGGCCAACAGCAAAAAUGCGCUGUUGCACUGAAACAUUAUUGAUGUUUAUUUAUUAUAUUUUCUCAAGGGAUUUCACUCAAAUGUCCACAAUAAUGAUGGUUGAAAAGGUUCAGGGUGACUUUAUUUUUAAAUAGAAAAAGAACAUUUCUGUGUACUUAAAUCAGUCUAUCAGAUUCUACAUUUCAGGAUUUAGUAUUUAUUUUCUCAAGUAUUUCUUUUUCUUCUUUUUUUUUUAAAGCCCAGCACCAUAUAGCUUUGGUCUAGAUCUCCCGUAGGUAACUUUAUUUUGGCAUGUCCUUUGUUAAGUAAUACUAAAACACUGGGUAAUGUAUUUUUAUUGCACUGGACCUUUAAGAAACCAAUCUUCCUAUAUUGUAUUUAUCUUGUGUCACCUCACACUGUUAUUACAGCCUUUUAUUCACUGAAGCAUCUCUAUCUUCUGAAAACCUUAGUUUCUUAGACUAACACAUAUGUUGACAGUAUUGUAAUAAAUGUAAUUUGACAGCAUAUCUGACGUAUGAUGGACUAUUGCACUUAAAUGUAUUAACCACAAGUGGGAUUAAAGAAAUUAAAUACUGAA